GGAGAGGAAAGAGAGAGGGGGAAGUAAAAACAAAGCGGGGAGAGCGCGCAAAGUGAGGGGAGAGUAAAGAGAGAGCGGCAGGAGAGUAAAAGGGGAGAGGGAGUGCCAGGGUGAGGCCGUACACGUGAGUCACAGGCGGCGUAAUUCACACGCGACGACAGAACAACAACAUCAACAAUAACAUCAACAACAUCAACAACAUCGUCAUUGAGGGGAGGCCCUGCUGUCGCCGCGAUGGCCCUGACGAGGUAGACGAGGAGGAGGAUCUGGAGCAGCAGCAGCAGCAGGAGGAGGAGCAGGAGGAGACGCGGUCAUGGGGGAGAGCUCCUCGUCCGAUGGAGACUCGGUCACUGUGGAGCUGCAGCUGCGCACCGCCAACCUCACUGGGUACGCGGAGCGCGUGGGAAUGGAGAACUUUGAACUCUUGAAAGUGCUCGGCACCGGCGCCUACGGGAAGGUGUUCCUGGUGCGCAAGGUGAGCGGGCACGACGCGGGGAAGCUGUACGCCAUGAAGGUGCUCAAAAAGGCCACCAUCGUGCAGAAGGCCAAGACGGCCGAACACACACGCACCGAGCGGCAGGUGCUGGAGCACAUCCGCCAGUCGCCCUUCCUCGUCACGCUGCACUACGCCUUCCAGACCGACACCAAGCUGCACCUCAUCCUGGACUACGUGAACGGUGGGGAGAUGUUCACCCACCUGUACCAGCGCGAGCACUUCACCGAGGACGAGGUGCGCGUCUACAUUGGCGAGAUCGUGCUGGCGCUGGAGCACCUGCACAAGCUGGGAAUCAUUUACCGGGACAUCAAGCUGGAGAAUAUCCUCCUGGACUGCGAAGGCCACAUCGUGCUCACGGACUUUGGGCUCAGCAAAGAGUUUGUAAUAGAGGAGAACGAGCGGGCCUAUUCCUUCUGCGGGACGAUAGAAUACAUGGCACCGGAGAUCGUGAAGGGAGGGAAUGCGGGGCACAAUAAGGCUGUGGACUGGUGGAGCCUGGGUGUGCUCAUGUACGAGUUGCUGACGGGCGCCUCCCCAUUCACGGUCGAGGGAGAAAAGAACAACCAGUCGGAGAUCUCCAAGAGGAUUCUCCGGAGCGACCCGCCCUUCCCGGGUGACAUUCGCAACCCGGUGCGUGACCUCAUCCAGAAGCUCCUGGUCAAGGACCCCAAGAGGCGUCUGGGCUCCGGCCCCGCCGGGGCGGACGAGAUCAAGAACCACGCCUUCUUCAAGUCUCUCAGCUGGGACGAUCUUGCGGCUAAGAAAGUGGAGGCUCCGUUCAAGCCGGUGAUCCGCGAUGAGCUCGACGUGAGCAACUUUGCGGAGGAGUUCACGGACAUGGACCCCACGUACUCCCCCGCGGCGCUGCCCCACAACUCAGACCGGAUCUUCAAGGGCUACUCGUUCGUGGCUCCGUCGAUCCUGUUCAAGCGGAACGCCGUCACCACCGAUCCUCUGGAGCUGCAGUCGGGCUCCGAGAGGCCGGCCACCACCGCGGUGGCUCGCAGCGCCAUGAUGAAGGAUUCGCCGUUCUUCCAGCACUACGAGAUGGACAUGAAGGAGCCGCCCCUCGGGGAGGGCAGCUUCUCCAUCUGCCGGCGCUGCAAGCACAAAAAGACCGGCCAGGAGCACGCCGUCAAGAUCGUGAGCAAACGCAUGGAGGCCAACACGCAGAGGGAGAUCGCCGCCCUCAAGCUGUGCCACGCGCACCCCAACAUCGUCAACAUCAUCGACGUGUACCACGACACGCUGCACACGUACUUGGUGAUGGAGCUACUCAAAGGCGGGGAGCUGCUGGAGAGGAUCAAGAAGCGGUCGCACUUCAGCGAGACGGAAGCGAGCCGCAUCAUGCGCAAGCUCGUGUCCGCCACCUCCUUCAUGCAUGACACCGGGGUCGUGCACCGCGACCUCAAGCCCGAGAACCUGCUAUUCGCGGACGAUACGGAGGGCGCCGCCAUCAAGGUCAUCGACUUUGGGUUUGCGCGGCUCAAGCCGCAGGACAACGCGCCGCUCAAGACGCCGUGCUUCACGCUGCAGUACGCCGCGCCCGAGCUGCUGCAGCACGCGGGAUACGACGAGUCGUGCGACGUGUGGAGCCUCGGCGUCAUACUCUACACCAUGCUCUCUGGCCAGGUGCCCUUCCAGAGCCACGGGCAGCCCAUGACCUGCAGCUCGGCCACCGACAUCAUGAGGAAGAUCAAAGAGGGAGACUUCUCCUUCGAGGGGGAAGCCUGGCAGAAUGUGUCGCAGGCCGCCAAGGAUCUUAUACAGGGGCUCCUCACGGUCGACCCCAGCAAGCGCGUGAAGAUGAGCGGCCUGCGCUACAACGAGUGGCUACAGGACGGGAGCCAGCUCUCCUCCAACCCGCUGCUCACGCCCGACGUCCUCGUCUCCUCCGGCUCCUCUGUCAACACCUACUUCAAAGCCACGUUCCACGCCUUCAACCAGUGCAAGCGCGAGGGCUUCUGCCUGCAGAAGGUGGACAAUGCUCCGCUGGCCAAGCGGCGCAAGAUGAAGAAGAGGAGCACGAGCACGGAGACGAGGAGCAGCUCCAGCGAGAGUUCCACCUCCUCCUCCUCGCAGCCCCACGGCGAGUCUUCUGCUCGCCACGACCAUCAUCAUCGUCACCCACCUCUUCCCCGUUUCACCUCCUCCCAGCCUCACGCCACGCCGAAGGUGGUGAAGUUCAAGGACAAGUCUUAAAGGGGCCGUCGAAAAGAAAGAACGCCGAACAUUUGACUCCCGCUCGGCGAGCGGCGGGGGGGGGAGCCUGCGGGCCCUCCCGCCGCGGAAGGACGGGAGGGAAGCGCGGAGUCGGCGAAGCGUGGAACUCUCCUCCCCCUCCUACGCCCACCCCCCCCCCUCCCCCAGCACUUUACACGCCCCACGGCCAUCAGGAUCCCCGCGCUGCCCACACGGACGGCCCCUGGGCAGCGCGGGCAGGUGGAGCGCAGCGUAGCCUGCGUCCCACCGCCCCCGCUGUGCUGCCCACGCCUCUGUGCGAAGAGCCGCUGUUGCGAGCCGGUGGUGUUGACUGCCGCCGGUGGCGGUGUUGACUGCCGCCGGUGGCUUUAACUACCGCCGGUGGUUUACGUCUACCACUGGUGUGAGUGAGAGUGACCGGCGGUGUGAAGUGCCGGCGUGCGAGUCGCCCCACCGGGUGUCAACGCCGACGAGUGCGAAGCGCGGGGUCCGUCCGCGGCGCCGCCCGCCUCCCGGCGGUGCGCACCGCAAGGAACCGGGCCGCCCAAGUUCCGCGCCCGGGCACUCGAUGUUGAACCGCGGCUGGAGGACUUCGUCCUGGUUCCGAUCUCUCGAUGCUUCCACGGAUGGGUCCGGUGGCCCCCAACGGCGACGACGUCCGCCACUCCGUAGCUCUCGGUGGCCCCGGUUGGCGCUUUGCUGCAAACGGGGUGAGGCCGACGUGUACCCAGGCGCUGACACGCGGGGGCGGGGAGGUAACCACUUCGGCUUUUAAGAUGCGAAGAAUGACCUCGGCCGUUGUUUUUUUAAUGUUCCACAAAAAUAAUGCGAAAAAGAGGUCGCUGUGCAGAGCUGUAUUUUUCUAAGGGUAUUUAAUUUGUUUUACAGAACGAAAUAUUUUGAGCGUUACAGAAGCUCCCCUCCCCCGUGACUGCUGACAUGCGAAGCAUUACCUUGUUUUUAGAAACCAUUAAUUUAAUCGCUUUGGAGACCUCUGGUUAAAAGUCGCGGGUUGGUAUUUACCGGCGCGUUUCGUAUUUUUUAUUCCGAUGCGCGAAUUUAACUGUCGGCGUUCACGCAUCGGUCGUUGAUGUCGCACACGAGGUUACUAAACGGUCGACCGUCGCGCCGUUUGUACGAACGGGCCACCGCCCAUGGCUCACCGCUCUUCGCGGCGCGCCAUGCUCUCUCGCAACUACGCUUUCGCGAAACGAGGAGCCCGGAAACCGCUGGUGCUUCCGUGGCCACAACUGUUUUGUCCGGCAGUGCCAGACCGCCCCCCCCCCCCUCCCUCAAGGGAGGCAUGGUGCCCCAAGCGCUGUUCACCACGACGGGAGUCGGGAAGUCGUGCGCUCGCCACGCUUGGUGACGUCGAUUCUGAGAGAACCGGGGCCGACUCGCGCUCUCCCGCUCGCUCGCUCGACUCAUCGACUUGCUCGCUCGCUCGCUAAUUGACUUGCUCACUAACUCACUCAAUCUCGCGCUCACUCGUCGAUUUGCUCGCUUGGCGUCUCGCUCGCUGGUUAAACUAAAGCACCGAGGCGCAUCUCGCCACGGGCCGAGUGCAUCAGCCAAGAGCUGGUCAUCGGAUAGGAGAUUACAAAAUUCCCUCACGUCUGGCACAAGAAGGCUGUUCGGGAGCGACUUCUACGAGAUAAGGUGUAAAGAGAUGUAAAGAGAUACAGAUGGUUGCGGCGAGAGAGAUGAGCAUGAGAUGAGCGAGAGAGCCGCAGACAAGAUGAAAGAUGAGUGAAAUUAAAGUGGCAUAGACGGACGAGAGCUGCGGAUGAGAUGGCGGUCUAGCGAGGUGAAACGCGCGAGAGAGCUGCCAGACGGAGAGGCAAGAGACGAGUGGUCGCGUCCGUAACCGUCGCAACUUGGCGGCAACGGCGCCGCGUUUUCGCACGACCGCUGCCUGCCCAGCACACGCUCAGUUCAUGGGGGGUGGUGGCGGCCCGCCGGACAAUGUUGAUGGAUUAAGCCCCCUGACCUAUAGCGUUACGGUACAAACUGGUCCAUGGCCAGUCUAAAUAACUGUGGGCGGGCGUGCAUGUCGCACUAGGGGGUGGUGGUGGUGGUGGUGAAUGCCGAGGGCUAGCCGGUUGUGAUCGUCUGGCUGUGAUGCAGCGACAAAAGCGGGUGGUUCCCACUCGGAAUACUCGGGGAGUCGAGUUCAGAGUGCGGCACAGUUUCCGCCAAAGGCUUGAUUUUGUUUGGAAUUUUUUUAAUGAAUGUGGGGGUGUCUCCUCGUUGUACAUUUUUAAAAUAUUCCUUCCCAUGCGGUGAACACUCAAGGUUUAUUGGCAAAGCUUCUGGUACUUGCUUAAAGCGCGCGAAGGCGCUCACAUCGGUGGCAGUAAAUCACAUACGUCAACUUUCGUUGAGCAACCUUUGCCGAGGCCCCCUACAGAACGCACACAUCUCCCUCGCGGGCCACCCUUUUUACAACCUACCAGAGCAUGGGCAAAAAGUGCGCAAGUUUUUUUUUAGGUCGCACGUUCAGUUUGGUGCUUUCCGGGCGGCCGUGCUUAAAAACGGGCGGCAAUGGUGCCUUGCACCAUUGCCCAAACGCUACGGAUCUCACGGGCGCAGCGUGCGGCUGCGAGCUUCGUCGGUAAACUGGGACAGCUGGGAAGUUUCGCAACGAAAAACGUUUUUUUACCCUGCACGUAGAAUAACAACGGCAUCGCCACCUCGCAUGUAACCGCCAUUAAGAGUCGGCGCUGACCCAACACCCCCCCCGCCCCCCUGCGUGUUGGUUUCUUUGCACGCGCCGGUCACGCGCCACGACGCUGUUCCUCUUGAGGACGUUGCCUCUGCGGGGACUUGCAGAGACUCCGCAGUCCCACACAUAAGUGGGGGGUGGGGGGGGGUGGUGGUGGGGGGGGGUGCCCAGUGCCACGGCUCCACCUCUGAUUAGCACGGUUGGCUAUGUACGGUGUGAAAGAAGUUCAAGUUCAGUGUACAUACAUACGUACAAUCAAUGUGAUGACCGUACACUUCAGUUAUAAUCGUUGCACUGACACUUUACACCACCACUGCCCCACCUCCUCCUGUUUGCCCUCCUUUUUUGAGUCGGGGCCUUCUGGCGAAAGCGGUCUGCUGAUCCGCCGCAGCCUUUACGCACGCACACACGCACGGUCACUUAAAAGCCCUGCCGCAGGCUUGCAUACACCUGGCACACUGCAAUAGGAACAGCUGACUUGCCUUUCCGGAGACGUUUUCCACAGAGCCGCAAAUGUAAACUCGCCGGCCGGCCGCCGAUUAAAGGCGCGAGGUGUCCGGGUCCGCUCGUAAUCCACAGCGUGCUUUUCCCCGGGUCGGGCUGCGUGUUGAGCAUUUUCCUCCCAACUUUUUGUUUUUGUGCCACGCACGACUCAACCGUGGGCACCUUCACGUAACUCAAGCCCUUGUCGGUGCCCCGUGGUAGCCCGCAAUCGGCGGCGCGUGGCAAAAGCUCGAGGGAAGAAGUUGAAAAGGCGCGGACCGACCCUGAACGCCGCACGUGGAUCAGCUGGCCGCGUUUAGGUGCCGUGAAGGCUUUCUUUUUUAUUUUUUAAACGAGGCCACGGGACUCUCCCUCUUUCACCCACCGCCUCUGCGUGGCUAACCGGAGUCCCCGUGUCCUUUCGGUUGAGGCUGAUCGAGCGCCGCUCCGCGAGUUGGCGGUCGUGCCCGGUGCCUGGUGGGCACCUGCGUGGUAAGGUAGUACACGCUUUUCAUGGCUUUACUUGAAACGCGGGGCGGCACGGACGUCAGGAUUUUACCGGUGCACGACUCGAGCACUUAAACAAGGGCUUACUCUGUCGCUUGCCGCCCAGCUCCGUCGUAUCCUUGGGGUUUUUAUCGGUGGCGGCGGCGGCAUCGCACGUUUAAAGAGAGGAUUUUUUUUUAGCGCCCGUUCCUGGCGGGCAGUCCGAGUAAUACUGCUGAACACUGUGCAUUGGCGAUGCGCUUACAAGAGACUAUCACGACACUGUGAUUAUUUGAAACAACCCUUUUAAAUGCAGUCUUGCCGUGUAGACGCCGGCACGCCCCUUCCGCGCGUACGUUUGUGGCGAGUCGUGGGAGGCCCGGCGUUUUUCUGCAUUUUCUUGACGUUGGCAAUAUUCUUGGGGCAGACGGCUCGAUUUUACCGCGUCUAGUGAGGCGCGACCCGCGGCGUGACUCCUGCACGCGCGUCACCCGUAAAUCCGCGCGUUGACGGACGGAGCGUUUCCUGCACAAAGCCGUGUGUUGUCGUGUACCUUUUUAAGAGCCUUUUUUGAAGCUUGUUUUUUGGAAAGGCCGGUGGGGACGGGGGUGGGAUGUUGCCUGCGAGUCGGUAGAACGCCACGUAUCCCAGGAGGCCCCUUCGAGGCGUUGAGCUCGCACUGUGCCCGUGCCAGGUUUAUUUAUUGAAAUGCAACGAAGCCUCCGAAAAGGGGAAGGGGUCGACUGACGUCUCCGGGCUCCCUGCCGCCGCCUCCUGCCCGGCCCAGCAGACUGCCCGCUCUGUCGAGACGCGGGUUGGAUGAGCACAGCGAUAGAUCGAAAAUAUGCAUCGUGCGCAAGAGAGAGGUUUUUUUUUUUAAGGAACGCGUUCGAGCAGACUGCCCGACGAGGCUUCCUCGCGAUUGGCCCGGUGCCGUCGACGCUCGAACGGUGGGGUGGGGGGAGGGGGGGAGGUGGAGAUCCACGCGCGAGCGCGAGCGCGAGCGGACCCCGUCGUCCCUCGUGUCGGUUUUUUACGACCGUUCGCCGUCGAACAAUAUGAAUUGGCAAUCCUGUGACGGUUGUUUGCCCGCGGAAAAGGAACGAUCUUUUAACGUGUCAUAAUGGCAUGCGCACCCAGUGGGGAUUUUGUCCGAGGAUGAGCGGUGUUUGUUGGGUCGGCAUUGUUAAGUUAUUGAAUGGGCUGCUGUGUACUAAAUGAGGGAUGCUGUAUGCGGAGUGUUGCACGUGGAGUUUUGAAGGUCACCGGUACCGAUCGCAACUGCAAGGGAACCGUUGACCACUUCUCAUCCUUCCGUCUCGAAAGAUCUUCACACCGGAGGAAGGAUAUCCACCAGCCCGUUUACUCGUGUUAAUCGCAGCUUUGGUGAGCCAAGCAAAUGUUUUUGUAGACUUUUAAAUGAGUUUUAAUUUUUUAUUUCCUGAAACAAAUAUUUCCGACUACUGUACCAGCAAUAGGGGUUGCUGCCGUGUGGAAUCGCCUGAAUCUCGGAUAGCAGUGGUCGGUGCACCAAGCGUCGUGAUGAUUCAUUGUGAUGAAUCUCGACGGGGCUCCCACAGUGAUGCACAAUAAAGCUAUGACCAACAAUAGCCACUGUAGACUUUAGACGUGAAGUACUAGCGCCAUCCAUUGGUGGACGUUUUUACCGUAUUUUAACAUUUGAAUUCAUAGGUAUUUUCUAUUAAAAAUCUACGAUCUGCCUGUGGAUCACAAUCCUCGUACUGGCCACCGCCGAUCUAAAAUAGGCUAUCCGCUUUUUAAAACGUUCCCGUAAUUUCUCUUUUUUCCGCUCUGUUUUGCUGUACGCGUCACCGAACCGACCAUGCGUGCGGGGUGGGGGGGGGUUUGGGUUUACGUAUCUCGCUGAAGUGACGGCAGCGUCAAGACCACGCGGCAGCCGCCCCUUAUCUCGUUCCGAGACUCAAAUCGCUCCAGAAACCGAGACAAUCAAAGUGGCCGCAGCAACGCGUAGCCCUUCGCUUAAAUGUUGACUUGCUCUGGGUGACAGCAGGACUUUGUGUGGAGCGCCAACUUCCUGUCCUCGUUGCUCUGUUCUGCACACACAGAGUAAUCACGGCUUUACAUGUCCCACUUUGUAUAUAAAUUCCGGGGUCGCUGGUAGACUGGCACCUGGCGCUUGUAGCCACAUCCAAAGUUCGAGAGGUGCUCCUAACCUCGAUGUGAUGUUGCCGGAGGUGGAAAUUAUUUUGGGCAGAAUUGGCUGGCAACAAAGCUCGCGCACUGUAAAACAUCCAUGAUCUGUGGCAUUCAUAAUCAGAAUGUAUUUAUAUUGGAGGAAUCCGAUGAGCUAUAAAGCUAUUUUCCACAAGUCCAAUAGGGGCGGGUAAGAACGUUACAACAAAACAAAAAAUGAUAAUAGUGCAAUGUACAAGAAAGGUUAACAAAAUCGCCCAAAAAACCCCAAAUGAAACUAAACCAUUCCCAUCCUACCAGGCAAAGCCCACCCAGGUAUUAUCUAAUUUGUUGGAAGCGACCUGGCCACAAAUGAUAGCUCAACAAUGUGGCCCAUCAUUUGGACAUUUAUAGCAAAAAUAAUCUAAAUAAUCCGUAUGUUUCUAAAUGUGGAGUGCCCAAGGCGAACGGGUAAUUAAGGUGAACAGUGUGCAUCAUCUCUGCCCAGCUUCUCGCGCAGUCGGGCCCUCCCUGAAAUCCUAACUUCAAACCUAAUUAAGUAUAUAUCCUUACGGUCACAUCAACUGAUAUUUAAAUUGCUAUUUAAAUAUAUCUUUAUAAAAACGGUCCACAAGUUAGUCUAUGUUUAAAGUUGGUAUUGCGAGAGGUGUCGCACCGGCUUUUGGAGGCCUUCAUCCAGCAGUGGGUGGCAGGGUCGCAGUAGCAGUGGUGACACUUGGGCCGCCUCCUCACAGUUAGAAGUGCCUGGGUUCGGUUCCCGCAUUGGGGAUAAUUUUUGUGUGGAGUUUGUGUGGUUCUCCCCCUGUUCUGCAUGGGUUUUCUUCUGGUCUUCUUGUUCACCGCCCCACCCCCACCACCAUAGCUAAAACACGCAAUCAGUAUAACGGGUAUUGGCCAAGCAUCCCCAAUGCUGAGAAAUUACCGGCAAAUUACUCUUUGGUUCUUUCGGUAAACUCACGUAGAAAGAGAAAAUACCGGCAAAUUACUUGGUUGGGACUCCACAAAGCAACGUCACCCCCGACCUAAUGAAAACUUGUCA